AUGUCUGUCACAUUUGCAGCUAUUAGAAAAGCAAUGGAUUUGGAUACGGUUUUGGAGACGGAAUUUCGUGAAGUAGACAAGAACAGAGAUGGUGCGCUAAGCCUGAGUGAAAUCGCCGAUUGCCUCGAAAGAUUCGGUUUUAAAAAGUCAAGAGCAAAAGAAUUUUUGAAGAACUUUGACGAGAACAAAGAUGGGAAAGUGUGCAUGGAGGAAUUCGUCAAAGCAACACAGAGGAAAUUGUCUGCUAGGGAUUACACCUGUUGUCAACUGCGUCGAAUGUUUCGUAGCAUGGACAAAGAUAAUUCGGGAAAAAUUUCUGGGGAAGAACUCAAAAAGUUCUUGAAAAAUCAAAACAAUUUGGUGUUUCCCAAUGCAGUUGAUCAGUGGAUCGAGGAUAAUGAUCGCGAUCAUGAUAAUGAAUUGUCUUUUGAGGAGUUUGUUGACUUUGUCGGAUCUCUAAUGAAUUGAAGCCAGGUUUAAUUAUUGUGCCUUUUGUCAUCUCAAACAGACUACACUUACGACAAGCAAAUGUAUCCAUUUUGAGAUCGUUAAUUUUGAGAUAGAAAUUUUAAUCAUUCAGCAAAAUGAG